UUCUUCCUCGGCGCUGCGGCGGCAGAAUGGUUGGCGGCGGGAAGCGGCGGCCCGGCGGGGAGGGGUUGCAGUGUGAAAAAACCGUUGAUGUGAAGAAAAGUAAGUCGUGCGAGGCUGAUGUCCCCAGUGACCUGCGAAAAGAAGUCGAAAAUCAUUAUAAGCUCUCUCUGCCUGAAGAUUUCUAUCAUUUCUGGAAGUUCUGUGAAGAACUUGAUCCUGAAAAGCCAGCUGAUUCACUUUCUGCCAGCCUUGGGCUUCGGUUAGUGGGCCCCUAUGACCUCCUCGCCGGGAAGCAGAAACAGAAGGGGAAAGCAGCAGGGCUGAAUUGUAACCUGCACUGGAGGUUCUACUACGACCCCCCCGAGUUCCAGACGAUAAUUGUCGGGGAUGAUCAGUCGCAGUACCACAUGGGCUAUUUCAGGGAUUCUCCUGACGAGCUUCCUGUGUAUGUAGGGACGAAUGAAGCAAAGAAAAACUGUGUGAUUGUUCAAAGUGGAGAUAAUGUGUUUGCCGCAGUCAAGUUAUUUUUGAUGAAAAAACUUAAAGAAGUAGCAGAUACAAAGAAAACUCAUCUUUUGAAAAGCAUAGAGGGCAAACUCACAGAAGCAGCCAGAGAACUUGGGUACUCCCUGGAGCAGCGGACCCCGAAGAUGAGACAGAGAGAGAGAAAGGUUGUGACGAAGACCUUUCAUGGUGCAGGCUUGGUUGUUCCAGUAGAUAAAAAUGAUGUUGGGUACAGAGAGCUCCCUGAGACAGAUGCCGACCUCAAGAGAAUUUGCAAGGCAAUUGCUGAGGCACCGAGUGAUGAGGAGCGGCUGAAAGCCUUUGCUCCCAUUCAAGAAAUGAUGACUUUUGUGCAGUUUGCCAAUGACGAAUGCGAUUAUGGCAUGGGACUUGAGUUGGGCAUGGACCUCUUUUGCUACGGUUCACAUUCAAGGCAGAAGAGCCCUCGGGUCAACGAGUUGAACCCACAUUUUGUAGAAGAUCAGUUUACUUACCCAACAAACGUCUCUUAA